UCAACUUCACCCAGAGAGAGAGAGAGUUCUCUCCAAUGGAAGCGAGAGAAGGGCCAGGAAAAGGGUGAGAAAAAGUUUGUCUGGACAUUGUAGGAGAAGAUUGGGGGCAAAGCUUCGGCAUCUGGUUUCCGAGUAACCAAACAACCCCUCCGAUUUUCUCUCUCCUCUUGUCUCCUCGCUUUCGCCGGCGAUUGUCGUCGCCACGGGCUCGAUUCCAUCGUUUUCCUGUCCCUUUCCCCCCUCGCUUUGAAUUUUCCUGGAAAAUUUGCAGAAAAAGUGCGUUUUCCCAUCGUUUUCUUCCUAUUUCUGCUCGAUUACUCGCGAAUUCAUCAGGAACUCAGUCAAUCCUCGGCCUUUUCACUGUCUCUGCCAGUUGUUUUAGCUCGGAGGAAGCUGGAUACGUUGGUUAUGGAUCGAUAUUGAAGAAACUUUCUCGGGAAAAUCAGGGAAAAAAUGACCGUUGCGGGGAUUGGAAACGGAGCUCUUGCAGCAGCAGCUACUGCUCCAAGUACUAAUCCCACUGGAGGUGGCAGCGGGACUGUGUCGGCUGACAUGAAGAAAGGCAUAAACGCGGAGCUAUGGCAAGCAUGUGCAGGGCCGCUGGUGAACUUGCCGGCGGCUGGGACCCACGUCGUCUACUUCCCUCAAGGCCAUAGCGAACAGGUGGCUGCAUGGCUGAGGAAGAAUGUAGAUGCACAAAACCCACAUUACCCAAAUCUUCCUUCCAAGCUUAUCUGUUUUCUUCACAAUGUCACGCUACAUGCGGAUCCUGAGACUGAUGAAGUGUACGCUCAAAUGACACUCCAACCUGUUCCUUCGGUUGACAAAGAAGCAUUGCUGAGGUCAGAUUUAUCACUCAGAACAAAUAAACCCCAACCAGAUUUUUUCUGUAAAACAUUGACUGCAAGUGAUACAAGCACUCAUGGAGGUUUCUCUGUUCCACGGCGUGCAGCUGAAAAGAUUUUCCCAGCUCUGGAUUUCUCUACUACACCACCUACUCAAGAACUCGCGGCAAGAGAUAUACAUGACAAUGUAUGGUCCUUCUGUCAUAAAUACCGCGGACAACCAAAAAGGCACUUACUUACAACAGGGUGGAGUUUGUUUGUUAGCGGGAAGAGGCUUUUGGCUGGUGACUCUGUUUUGUUUAUAAGAGAUGAAAAACAGCAACUUCUAGUGGGCAUACGUCAUGCUAACAGGCAAUCAGCUAACCUCUCUUCAUCUGUACUGUCAACUGACAGUAUGCACAUAGGAAUCUUAGCAGCAGCUGCACAUGCUGCUGCGAACAAUAGCCCUUUCACUAUAUUUUAUAACCCGAGGACAAGUCCUUCAGAGUUUGUUAUUCCUUUAGCCAAGUACUACAGGGCAGUCCAUGGCAACCAAAUAUCUCCUGGCAUGCGUUUCCGCAUGAUGUUUGAAACCGAGGAAUCUGGAACACGAAGGUACAUGGGUACAGUCACAGGUAUAAGUGAUCUCGAUCCUUUGAGGUGGAAGAACUCACAAUGGCGUAAUCUUCAGGUUGGUUGGGAUGAGUCAACUGCCGGGGAAAAACGCAACCGCGUUUCAAUCUGGGAAAUCGAAUCAGUAACUGCACCCUUCUUCAUAUCUCCACCACCGUACUUCAGAUCAAAACGUCUGAGGGAACCAGGACUACCAGAUAUUGAUUUGUCUGAUAUGGAUCGCUUGUUCAAGAGAGUGAUGCCUUGGCUUGGUGACGAUUUCUUGUCGAGAGAUUCUCAAGCUCUGCGUGGAUUGAGCUUGGUUCAAUGGAUGAACUUGCAGCAAAACCCUUCUCUGGCUCAUUCCCUGCAGUCCAAUUACUUGCAUUCCUUGUCGGGAUCAAUUCUUCCAAAUCUCCCUGGAUCAGAUCUUUCCCGUCUUCAGUUUGGAUUUUCUCCGCCACAAAUCACCCAGCAGAGUAAUGCAGAUUUUAAUCCUCAGAGGUUACCUCAGCAAGUACAACAGGUUGGUCAGCUUUCCAAGAUUUCUUCUUCUUCGAAUCCACUGGGCUCAAUCUUGCAGCCUCAGCCACAGCAGUUGGACGAUGUCACUCAGCAAUCGAGGCAAAAUAACAUGAGUCAAUCGUUACUGACGAGUCAAGUCCAGAACCAAGUUUUGCAGACACAAAAUAUCAUGCAGGGUAACAAUGUUCUUCAGCAGCAAAGGCCUUCUCUUCAGCAGCAACAGAACUCAGUGCAGACACAAAAUAUCAUGCAGGGUAAUAUGGGUUCAAAUCAGCAACAGAACUCAAUGCAAUUUCAGAUCCCAGAUCAAGUAAACCAACAUUUACUAAUGCCAGAUAAUCAAAUUCAACAACUUCAGCUAUUACAGAAGCUACAACAGCAGCAGCAGCAAGCACUCUUAGGACAGCAAACAAUGUUACCACAUCACCGGACCCAGCUUGCUUUGCUCCAAGACCAGCAGAGGCAGAUGUUAGAUGGGUCGGAAAUGCCUCAGUCGAAUAUUAUAUCCCAGCAGAUUGCUAAAGGUGGAAACCAUGAUGCCCGAUUCAGCCAUCUGCCACAGCAGCCAAAGCUCGAGAACCGGCAAACUGUUACAUCCUCUGAAUUGCCCGGACGUGUAGGUUUGUCUCCGUUUUUUUCCACUAACCAGCUUUCUGUAAGUGGCGCCAGUGGUUUGACAGGGAUGGCCAAUGAUAUUCCGUCCUGUUCCAACUCACCUUCUGCCAUCAACAAUCCUACUGGAAUACAGCUUAUGGUAAAUAAACAAUCCAAUAUGAGUGCAUCAUCCAUGGGGGAUGACAUGGUUCAUUCUGUUUCCAUGCUUUUGCAUCCUAAAACUCGGGAAACUGUAGCAUCGGGCAAGAGCUACGUAAAGCAGAAAGAAUCAUGGCCUAAAUGUGAUGUGAGGCCCUCAGUGGAUAUCUCGAAGUGUCAAAGCGAGGGCCUUUUGCCGCCUCAUUCAUAUAUGAGUGGGACUUUUGCUCAGACAGAGCAUUUUGAUGCAUCGUCUUCGACAACUUCGGUAUGCAUAUCUCAGAAUAACAAUGUGUUUUCCUCUAACCCUCAUCCGACAAUGGUGAGAGACUCAGUUCAAGAAAGGGAGAUUCAGACAGAGAUUCAAGGUACUGUUCUAUAUGGGGCUGAUAUCGAUGGUCAGAUGGGGAUGCUUGUUGAUAGCAACUCGCCUUUUAUAAGGGGCAUCACAGCAGAAUCGAGGAAGGAUUUCUCAAGUACUCUGACUCCGGGUUGUAUGAUCGAGAACUACGAUAACUCCAAGGAUGCUCAGCAGGAAGAUCUUUCAUCCUCAUUGGUAUCUCAAUCAUUCAGUGUUCCAGAUAUGACGUUCAAUUCGAUUGAUUCCAACAAUGAUGGUGGUUUUGCAAACCGUGGUCCAUGGCCAUCACAGCCACAGUUUCAGAGAAAGCGGACUUAUACUAAGGUGUACAAACGUGGAGCUGUAGGGAGAUCGAUUGAUAUCACGAGUUAUUCGGGUUACGAUGAACUCAAACAAGAUCUUGGUCGUAGAUUCGGGAUAGAGGGUCAGUUGGAAAAUCGGGGAGGAAUAGGUUGGAAGCUGGUUUACGUGGAUCAUGAGAAUGAUGCCCUCCUGGUCGGAGAUGAUCCAUGGGAGGAGUUUGUAAACUGCGUACGAUGCAUCAGAAUCCUUUCACCACAAGAAGAACUUUACUGUGAUUUUGAUUUUGGAAGCUGUGUUACUUCCGACAAUGGAGCUUGAUCCUUUUACUAAUCUUUUCUUUCUUGUUUUCAUGGAAUAUGGUUAAACCAGCUCGGAGAAGCAACAAACAUCAUCAUCAUCAUAUGGUAUGUCAAACUUCUGGUAUAGGAACGUAGAAAUGGGUGAUUCCCCCUCCGUUUGAUGAUAUUGUAUAAUGAAGGGUAAAGUGUAUAAAGUUUUUUUUUUUUUU